GAUCAUAAUCAGCUAUCAGCUAACUUAAUCAACUAUCCACCAUUUGUCAAAAUAUAUAAUAAUGUUGAAAAAGUUGUCUCUUGUGAAUAUGCCCUCAACAACGGCAGUUCUAUCAGCGUACACCUCACUCACCGCGUCUGCUUUCCUGAUCAGAACAUUUGUGAGUGAGUUCCAAACCAUAGCCAACCAACUCUUGCCCGAAGAAAUCCGAGCAAAAAUUCUGUCUAAAAUUGGGGGCCUAUUUGGCAACUUCUUCUUCUUCACUACUGCCCAAAUGAGUGUGGUUAUUGAUGAACAUAAUGGUUUCCACAUAAACAACGAAAUCUUUGAAGCUUCCGAGGCUUAUCUCAGAACAAAGCUAAGCCCCUCAUCAAAAACGGAUAGGCUUGUGGUGUUCAAGACUCCACAGGAGAAGAGCUUCUCGUUCAUCAUCAGCACAGGAGAGAAGAUAAUAGAUAAAUUUGAAGGCGUAGAAUUCAUCUGGGAAUUGAAAGUCUCUGAAUCUCAGAAGCCUGGUCUCGAUUAUGAUGGUAAUCCACGUUCAGAAAGUGCAGAACGUAGAGCAUUUGAACUCAUCUUUAACCAGAAAUGCAGAGAAAUGGUGUUCAGUUCAUACAUACCAUUUGUGCUGGAAAAAUCAAAGGCCAUACAAGAGGAAAACAAAAUUAUAAAGAUCUACUCUCUUGGGGACUGGUAUGGAGAAGUUAAUCUGGACCAUCCCUCCACGUUCGAGACACUGGCCAUGGAUCCCGAGCUCAAGAAGGAGUUGAUUGAAGAUUUGGACAGGUUUGUUAGCCGAAAAGAUUACUACAGGAGAGUUGGGAAGGCAUGGAAAAGAGGGUACUUAUUGUAUGGGCCUCCAGGAACUGGUAAGUCAAGCUUGAUAGCGGCCAUGGCCAACUAUCUCAGAUUUGACGUCUACGACUUGGAUCUCUCAUCCCUAAAUGGCAGCUGCGACAUUCAAAGAUUACUAGUCAAUACUAAAAACCGAUCAAUUAUAGUGAUUGAGGACAUUGAUUGCAACGUCCAAUUGCAGAACAGAAACGCCGAUGAAGACGAAGAAUACUCUCCUCCUCCUUACAACUCGCAGGGCGAUAAAAGUAAGGUAUCUCUGUCUAGUUUGCUGAAUUUCAUUGAUGGACUGUGGUCAUGCUGUGGCGACGAGAGGAUCAUCGUCUUCACAUCAAACUACAAGGAUAGAUUAGACCCUGCACUACUCAGGCCAGGAAGAAUGGACAUGCACAUCCACAUGUCCUAUUGCACUCCAACUGGAUUUAGGGUUCUUGCAUCAAACUACCAUCACCUCAAAGAUCACUUCAAGUUCGCCAAGAUCGAUCAACUUUUAGCCCAAGUGGAUGUGACACCAGCUGAGAUUGCAGAAGAGCUGAUGAAGAGUGACGAGGCAGAUGUUGCCCUUAAAGGAUUGGUUAAGUUUAUGAAAAAGAAAAAAAUUGCACAUCAUAAUGAUAAUGAUGAUGAUAAUGCUAAUGAUGAUGAUGGUGAUGCUGAGUUGAAGGUAGGAGGAAGUGAGAGUGGUGGAAUCAGUGAUGUAAGCAAGAUAGUAGCUGAGAAGAGUGGGAAGAAAAAUAAUAAUAAGAAGAGAAAGAAGGCGAAGAAAAUGGGUAGAAACUUCAACCAUUCUUGAGACAAAAGGUGAAAUCGAGCCCAACCUGAUUCGAGGGAUAAAUCAAUUGAUCAUUACUCGU